AUGUGUCCACGUGCCGGUUACUGGCCGAACCGUGAGGCCUCUGCUCCUCACCUCGUCUGGAUGCACCCUCCAAAUCAGACGAAAUCGGCACACAUCUCAUACACACACACACACACAGCCCGACCCGGCGUCAAAAGACGGCAGCAUUUCAACACAUCUUCUCGGCUCCAUCCUCCGUCCGUGACGACGCGACUUCACGUCGACCAUCCGCCCGUGCUUCCUCCUUUCUCGUCAUGCUUGGUCGCAUUGUUUUUUCGCCGUAAUUGUAGCGUAGCUUUGCACUUCGAAGCAGAACUUGGUCCUGUCCUACGUGUUUCAGAAGAGUGCUUAGUUUCUGGGACAAAAGGUAUGAUUUUGCUUCCGGACAACCCUUGUUUCUCGAAGAAGACCUUUUAUCCACCAGAUUGUCCCGGAUACCAUUGCCCCACUGUCACAGUUACUCAACUACUCUCAGAGAGUUUUACUGCGAUUUCAACUUUCCUGGCUCCCCUGUUGCCGUAA